AUGCACGCGAAUCCAUACAUCGGGCUCAAGUACGACCUCAGUCGUGUCAAGCCCGACCGCCUCGACCCGCUCCUCAACAAGCCACGCGCCGCGACGCAGGUGUUCCGCGACAAGCUCGACCGUGCCGGGAGCUGGGGCGAGUAUGAGAGCUCUCUGUCUAAAUCCUCAGUUCAUGCGACCCAGACACGCACGAUGGUGCAAUUUAGCGCUAUGGACUUCGGCAUGGACGAGCACCUGCUUGUCUUCCACCUACCCGGCCCCACUACGAGGGUAUGGACCGGCCCAAGAUCAACAGUGAUGCGCCCCAACUACAAAUCUGCCCGCUUGACAUCCUGCGGCUUCUCCAAGUCGACGUGGUGA